AAUCCAAUGUGGGCGGGACUUGUUGGCGUGUUCGAGCUCAGUCGCUCCCGAACAUUCUUCCUAUCAAGCCGUGCACUUUUUCCGCGUCCGUGUCGUGUUUUCACGCCGUCAUGUGAGUGAACGAAACAAUGUCUUUUGGUCGUCCUCUCUCCAGAGCGUCUUCCAAGCGCUGUUCGCCGUGCUCGACGCUCUAAUCGCCAGCCAGGGAACACAACGGAGCCGGGGGGAGCGAUGAGGAGGAAAAAAUACUCUGUUGGCGUCUUCUUUCUUGUCUGGAGAGCAUCGCUUUUUCUCAGUGUUGGCCGCUGCAAGGAGGGUGACAAUGCUGCGAGAACUCGACAAGCCCCAAUGUCUCCCUCCGAUUUCCUGGACAAACUGAUGGGAAGAACAUCUGGAUAUGAUGCCAGAAUAAGACCAAACUUUAAAGGUCCUCCAGUGAAUGUUUCCUGUAACAUUUUCAUCAACAGCUUUGGUUCCAUUGCUGAAACCACCAUGGACUACCGGGUGAAUAUCUUCCUUCGUCAGCAAUGGAACGAUCCAAGGCUUGCCUACGCAGAGUAUCCAGAUGACUCUUUGGACCUGGACCCUUCAAUGUUGGACUCAAUUUGGAAGCCAGAUCUUUUUUUCGCCAACGAGAAGGGGGCACAUUUCCACGGGGUUACAACGGACAACAAGUUGCUCCGAAUUUUUAAGAAUGGAAAUGUUUUAUAUUCUAUCAGACUAACAUUAACCCUGUCAUGCCCCAUGGAUCUAAAAAACUUCCCGAUGGAUGUCCAGACCUGCAUUAUGCAGUUAGAAAGCUUUGGUUACACCAUGAACGACCUAAUCUUUGAGUGGCAGGAAAACGGACCAGUCCAAGUGGCUGAAGGACUGACACUUCCCCAGUUCCUCCUUAAAGAUGAAUCGGACCUCAGAUACUGUACCAAGCACUACAACACAGGUAAAUUUACCUGCAUCGAAGUGCGGUUCCAUUUGGAGCGUCAGAUGGGUUACUACCUGAUCCAGAUGUACAUCCCGUCGCUGCUGAUUGUCAUUUUGUCAUGGGUCUCCUUCUGGAUUAACAUGGACGCGGCCCCGGCGAGAGUAGCUCUGGGUAUCACGACUGUCCUCACGAUGACAACACAGAGCUCAGGCUCCAGGACUUCCCUGCCCAAGGUCUCUUAUGUCAAGGCCAUAGACAUCUGGAUGGCAGUUUGUCUUCUCUUUGUCUUCUCUGCACUGUUGGAGUAUGCUGCGGUUAAUUUCGUUUCAAGGCAACACAAAGAGCUGCUGCGAUUCAGGCGGCCUCCCAAGAAGAGCAAGAACAAUGGAGGUGCGGUUGAUGCCGAUGAACUAGCUGAAUCGCUCCAUCGUGUUAAUACUGACAACGGUCUCAAAGAGUCGGACCCCGUCUCCGGAUCUAGGACCAACAUCUACGGCGCCACCUACAGGGAAGGGGAAGUCCAGGAAAGCAGGCUGACCUCCGCGACGGCCGUCACCUCCACUCCCAGCAACAUCAAGGACUCCAAGGCCAGCGCUAACAAUACCGCCACUGUGCUGAACACUUCGGGGGCGACAGCGAACGCCACCCAAAACCCCCAAGGAGCGGCUCCCCGUAGAGGGGGGAAAAGCACGGAGGAAAUGAGAAAGUUAUUUAUCGACCGGGCCAAGAAGAUUGACACCGUGUCGAGGGCCGGUUUCCCCCUGGCCUUCCUCUUUUUCAACAUAUUCUACUGGGUUCUUUAUAAAAUCCUUCGCCAUGAAGAUGUACAUAAGUAAUGGAGGAUUUGACACUGUAUACAGUAAGCACACACACACACACGCAUUUUUAAUUGAUGCUCCGUUCCACUCUUUCCAAUAACCUGUGAUUUUUUCACCUCACAAUGCUAAGUCCUGGUCGGUCUAGACCAGGGGUGUCAAACGUACGGCCCCAGGGCCGGAUUAGGCCCACGAACAGGUUUUAUCCGUUUGCUAAGUAUAACAUUUUUAAAUGAAAGAAACUGCUGUUCUGAAUGUGUCCACCGGAUGUCGCAAUAAAUAAUAAUAAUAAUAAUCAAAGCUGCAAGGAGCGAUGGACGGGACCGCUUUGGCUUCUGCCCCCGUGACCUAAACCCAGAUAAGCGGUAGGGGAUGGAUGGAUGGAUUAUUACACAGACAAAAAUUUGCACACACGUGUUAUACAUCAGUCUCAUAGUAAUAACAGUUGUAAAGUGGCUCGGGCAUUUUAUAAGAACGCCUUGGUUCCACCAUUUUGAGACUCUAAUGCAGGGGUCGGGAACCUUUUUGGCUUAGAGAGCCAUGAAAGCCAAAUAUUUCAAAAUGUAUUUCUGUGAGAGCCAUAUAAUAUUUUUUAACGCUGAAUACAACUAAAUGAGUGCAUUUUUAAGUAAGACCAACAUUUUUAGAGUAUAAUAAGUCUCUUAUUCUUUGUAAUAACAUUGUUAUUCUAAAAGUUAACCAAUAAUAAAUAUAAUACUCCUUACCAUUAAUGCGACGUAUUGGACAGGUGCGACAGAAAACGAAUGGUUGGAUUAAAAUGCAUGAGAAUGUUUUAUAAUUUGAACGUUAUUUUUAGCAAUGUGAUUACCAGCGGAAUUGUUAAUUACUUAUCAUGUUAAGCAAUGUCAGCUAAGAUUUAUCUGAGAGCCAGAUGCAGUCAUCAAAAGAGCCGCAUCUGGCUCUAGAGCCAUAGGUUCCCUACCCCUGCUCUAAUGCAUGGUGAAUUUAAUGCAGUCGUUAUAUUGAAGUGGGAAUAGCGAACUUCCUGUUGAUUUUAGUUGGGGGCGGGCAGUGAAUGAAAUAUAGGUCUCCGUGAGACCUAUAUCGAGGUUUUUGUUUCAUUUGUAUAUGACAGUCCUACAGUUUUGUCUGAGCAGAAAGCCGCCAUUUUGUGACAACAGCAGCAGUGCAAUGGUUCUUUGCGGGCUCGUAAAAUCCAAACCGGGGUAGUAAUUAAAACUUUUUCAUCAACUUUUAAUCAGAAGUGUUCAAUCUCUCUUCUCUUGCUUAUUUGAAGCCGAAACAACAAACGGUCUAAGAGGAAAUAAUGUUUGAAAAAAAGCAACAUUUUUUAGUCAACUUUUGUGUUGAAGUGGGAAUAGCAAACUUUUUGUUGAUUUUAGCCGUGGGGUUUCACUUGAUGAAAUAUAGGUCUAACUGACACCUACGUAGUGGUUUUUGUUUCAUGUUUCUACUGGAAGUUACAGACAGUUUUGUCUGUUUUUUCUUCCUAGGGGGCACUAGAGCGCAAUUUUGAGUUUUGGGGUUUGGUUUUUUGAUUAGAUCGCAAUUUUUUUGCCAGUCCUGAUGUGUGUGUCAAAUUUGGUGAGUUUUGAAGCAUAUUAAGGGGGUCAAAUUACAGCUCAAAGAGGCGGCGGUAUAAUAAAGAAUAAUAGUAAUAAUAAUAAAACCUUACACAUUCAAUAGGAUCCUCUGUCCCAAAGGGACAUCGGUCCCUAAUAAUAAUAAUGAAUUCCUUUUUUAACUAGGCCUUGUGAUGAGGUAGGGACUUGUCCAGGGUGUACCCCACCUUCCGCGCAAUUGUAGCUGAGAUAGGCACCAGCGACCCCAAAGGGAAUAAGCGGUAGAAUAUGGAUGGAUGGAUUUGUAACUAAGCCUUCCGAUGAGGUGGCGACUUGUCCAGGGUGUACUCCACCUUCCGUCCGAAUGCAGCUGAGAUGGGCACCAGCGCCCCCCGCGACCCUAAGAAGAACAAGCAGUAGAAAAUGGAUUGAUGGAUAAUAAUGAAUUACACUUGUAACUAGGCUCUUCGAUGAGGUGGCGACUUGUCCAGGGUGUACCCCGCCUUCCGUCCGAAUGCAGCUGAGAUAGGCACCCGCGACCCCAAAGGGCAGGGGUGUCCAAAGUGCAGCCCCACUGCCCAGUUCAAAAAUACGAUUGAAAAAAAAAAUUAAAACGUAUAAAAUGUAAUGAAAGAGCAAACAGGUGAAAUGUAACAAGAAAAUAUUGCAAUGUUUACUCUAAUAACAUAAAGCUGCCAUGCAGGCUUUUUUUUUUCUUUAAAACAUAACAAUGAAUCAAAAUCUAUGCCAUUAUGAAUUAUUGGCCUAAUCAAGGCUCCAAAAAAAUCAUAUUAAAUAUCCCACUUUGAGAUAUUUUUGGGGGGAAAUUCUGCAUGAUUUGUGUUUCCCAUAUAUAAACAACAAUACAACUUAUAAUUGAUGGAUAGAUCUGAAGGUGAUCUCGAGAUUAUUGUGUUAAUUAGGGUUGGAAUUGGGGGUUAUGGGUCAAAUGCAGGCCCUGCGAUGAGGUGGCGACUUGUCCAGGGUGUACCCUGCCUUCCGCCCGAUUGUAGCUGAGAUAGGCACCAGCGCCCCCCGCAACCCCGAAAGGGAAUAAGCGGUAGAAAAUGGAUGGAUGGAUGGGUCAAAUGCAGAGAAUAAUUUUGCCACAUCUAGUAGGUGUGUGACAAUCAUUGUUACUUUAACUUUUUAAAAGUAAACAGUAAAAGAAUAUAUAUAAUUUAUGUUUUUAAACACUUCAAUGAGUAGGACCCUUUUUGAUCCCAAGUGUCCUUGCUCAAAAAUUAAAAUGAAAUAAAAUCAAUGGUGUUAUGAGUAAUUGACCUUAUUAAAGGCCUACUGAAAUGAGAUUUUCUUAUUUGAACGGGGAUAGCAGGUCAAUUCUGUGUGUCAUACUUGAUCAUUUUGCAAUAUUGCCAUAUUUUUGCUGAAAGGAUUUAGUAGAGAACAUCGAUGAUAAGUUCGCAACUUUUGGUCGCUAAUAAAAAAGCCUUGCCUUUACCGGAAGUAGCAGACGAUGUGCGCAUUACGUCACUGGUUGUAGGGCACCUCACAUCCUCACAUUGUUUAUAAUCGUAGCCUCCAGCAGCAAGAGCUAUUCGGACCGAGAAAGCAACAAUUCCCCCAUUAAUUUGAGCGAGGAUGAAAGAUUCGUGGAUGAGGAAAGUUAGAGUGAAGCACUAGAAAAAGAAAAGAAAAGGCGAGGUUCCAGGCGGCGGCAGUGGGAGAGUUUCAGAUGUAAUUAGACACAUUUACUAGGAGAAUUAUGGAAAAUCCCUUAUCUGGUUAUUGUGUUAAUAGUAUUUUAGUGAGAUUAUAAAGUCAUAACUGAAAGUCGGAUGGCUGCGGUGAACGCCACUGUCUCUGAGAGAAGCCGAGGAGCCAAGAUCACGGCUGCCUUUUUGAGCUGCAGGAUGAGGUCGCAUAACCUACUCAAGUCACAAUUUUCCCAUCCAAAAACUUGCUGGUUGACGUAGAGAAACAUGUUCGCUUGACCGCUCUGUGUUAAAGCUUCACAACAAACAAAGAAACACCGGCUGUGUUUCGGUUCUAAAGGCAGCUGCAAUCCACCGCUUUCCACCAACAGCAUUCUUAUUUGAUGUCUCCAUUAUUAAUUGAACAAAUUGCAAAAGAUUCAGCAACACAGAUGUCCAAAAUACUGUGUGAUUAUCAGAGGUGGGUAGUAACGCGCUACAUUUACUCCGUUACAUCUACUUGAGUAACUUUUGGGAUAAAUUGUACUUCUAAGAGUAGUUUUUAUGCAACAUACUUUUACUUUUACUUGAGUAUAUUUAUAGAGAAGAAACGCUACUUUUACUCCGCUCCAUUUAUCUACAAUCAGCUCGUUACUCGCUACUUUUUUUUAAUCGAUCUGUUAAUGCACGCUUUGUUUGUUUUGAUUUUGUCAGACACGCAUUCAAAGUAGGAUCUACGCAUGACUGCGUUUCACCAAUCAAAUGCAGUCACUGGUGACGUUGGACCAAUCAAACAAAACCAGGAGGGAGAGUAUAUUGUACCGUCCUGGAAGAGUUAGUGCUGCAAGGGUUUCUGUGUAUUUGUUCUGUUGUGUUUAUGUUGUCUUACGGUGCGGAUGUUGAAGUGAGCGGGGUUUGGUGGUAGCGGGUGGGUGUAUAUCUCCACGAAAUGUGUUUGUCGUUCUUCUUGAUAUUAAAGGGGGCACUGAAAUUCAAGAGUCUCCCAGGAAAAUCGGGGGGGUUAGCAAGUAUGAUUGGGAGACACAACUGCUCUGUACUUCUCCCUACGGCCGUGUACCACUACGAACAGCGGCGUUUUCAAAAAAGUCAUAAAUAUCCAUUCAUCUUCCUCCGCUUAUCCGAGGUGGGGUCGCGGGGGCAGCAGCCUAAGCAAAGAACCCCAGACUUCCCUCUCCCCAGCCACUUCGUCCAACUCCUCCCAGGGGGAUUCCAAGGCGUUCCCAGGCCAGCUGGGAGACGUAGUCUUCCCAACAUGUUCUGGGUCUUCCCCGUGGCCUCCUACCGGUCGGAGGUGCCCUACGGAGGCGUUCGGGUGUCAUCCUGACCAGAUGCCCCAACCACCUCAUCUGGCUCCUCUACAUGUGGAGGAGCAGUUAAAAUAUGUAGUAGAACAUUAAGAUAGAAAUAAAAACACAUUUAGAUACUGUAUCGCUCGGUUGGUAGAGCGGCCGUGCCAGCAACAUGAGGGUUCCAGGUUCGAUCCCCGCCUCCGCCGUCCUUGGGCAAGACACUUUACCCACCGGCUCCCAGUGCCACACCCACACUAGUUUAAAUGUAACUUAGAUAUUGGGUUUCACUAUGUAAAAGCGCUUUGAGUCACUAGAGAAAAGUGCUAUAUACAUAUAUAAUUCACAUCAUUACAAAAUAUAUACCCACCCCAAAAGAGACAAGUAGUAGAAUAUGGAUGGAUGGAUGGAUGGAAAUUAGUGCACCAGUCGAGGAAAAUGAGCAAAUGACAUCCUGUUGAUAUUUUUUAUCUUGAUAGAUUAAAAAUUAAUAACAUAUUUUAUUCAGAAAGUAUAAAUGAUGACAAAUAAAGAUAGAAUACUAUUAACCGCAACAUGUAAGUAAAAAAAAACAAAAAAAUCAACAUUAUAAUUUGUACAUUUUCAGAAUGUGAUUGUUUUAUUUUUAAACAAAGAAAAAUCCACUUGGGAGUGGAUUCUUCCUUGGGAGUGGAUUUUUCCUCCAUUAAAAUGACUUUGACACCCCUGAUCUAGAUCAUUCUCAUUGAGAUACAUGUAAAGAUAAAAUAUAAGCACACACACAGAUAUAAAAUAGCCAUGAAUUAGAGUAGUUAGUGCAACACUAGUGUAGAGUUAGGUGAGACUCAGUAUGAUGCAAUAAUGUUUUGGUAACCUAAGCCUGGUUUACACUAGAGAUGCAAUUAAGUGCCUUUUUUAGUUCUGUCAACAUCACUUACAGCAACACCUGGAACCUAAAAUUGGGCAGUGCCAAAAUAGAAGUGAGGCUGGGCUGCCAUUACCCAUUGUUUUCUGUGGAACAACCCACGAAUCCUUAGAGGUUGUGCUAAGUUUAUGUUUAAGUUUGGUGUUCUAACUUAGUACUUUCCGGGUAAUAGAGAGCACCGGUAUUUAAGCCGCACCCACUGAAUUUCAGAACAAGUAAAUCUGUUUACAUAUAUUAGCCGCUGGUACAAAAUAUUUAUAGUUUUCGAGCGGCAGUUAAACGGCUGAUCAAACAAAACAGAAGCCAUCGUCCUGGACAUCAACAGACACAACAAGUCCACAGUGUCGUUUUGAAUUGUCGAAAUUGAAACGAUACAAAGUAAUGUCAUUGUAAGUUAAAAAUACUGACAGACACAUGUAAGCGCGUUAGCGUAUUGGCCAAUGCUAACAACGCUAGCUUGAUUACAUUACGAUAGCGUGCGAAUAUGCAUGAUAACACUCCUACAGACCUCACACGUGACGGGUUAGUAAGUACGAAAUAUAUCGGAAAAAAACAUACAAAGCUUGCUUGGAGUUAUAAAUUAAGAAAAUGUUUGAGCAGAAACGUUAUGGACAGUCAUACUUACGGUUCAAGGAGCAAAAUAGCACCUGCAGUGAACGCCAUAGCACAAACAAUACAGCUUUUUAGGAGGCGUUCGGGUGGCAUCCUGGCCAAAUGCCCGAACCACCUCAUCUGGCUCCUCUCCAUGUGGAGGUGCAAUUAGUCUUUAUUUUAUUUAAUAAACUGAGUUGUCAAAUUGGCACCUUCAGCCAUUCAUCCAUCUUCUUCCGCUUAUCCGAGGUGGGGUUUCAGGGGCAGCAGCCUAAGCAGGGAAGCCCAGACUUUCCUCUCCCCCAGCCACUUUGUCCAGCUCCUCCCAGGGGAUCCCGAGGCGUUCCCAGUCCAGCCGGGAGACAUAGUCUUCCCAACGUGUCCUGGGUCUUCUCUGUGGCCUCUCCCCGGAUGACAGAGCUUCUCACCCUAUCUCUGAGGGAGAGCCCCGCCACCCGGCAAAGGGAACUCAUUUCGGCCACUUGUACACCUGAUCUUGUCCUUUCGGUCAUAACCCAAAGCUCAUGACCAUAGGUGAGGAUGGGAACGUAGAUCGACUGGUAAAUCGAGAGCUUUGCCGUCCGGCUCAGCUCCUUCUUCACCACAACGGCGUCCACAUUACUGAAGACGCCGCACCGAUCCGCCUGUCGAUCUCACGAUCCACUCUUCCCUCACUCCUGAACAAGAUUCCUAGGUACUUGAACUCCUCCACUUGGGGCAGGGUCUCCUCCCCCAUCCCGGAGAUGGCACUCCAAACCUUAUCCGGGGCGAGGAACCAUGGACUUGGACUUGGAGGUGGUGAUUCCCCUCACCCAAAAUAACCCUCCCGUUUAAAAAAAAGGCAAAAAUUUACGUAAUUUAGUUUAGAUUAUAUGUGUAUUAAAUAGGCGCUGCGGUGAGGUGGCGACUUGUCCAGAGUGUACCCCGCCUCCCGCCCGAUUGUAUCUGAGAUAGGCUGCAGCGCCCCGCGACCCUGAAAGGAAUAAGCGGUAGAAAAUGGAUGGAUGGGUGGAUGUUUAUUAAGUAGCCACAAUUGGCUAAUGUAAAUAUAAGGUGCGGCUUAAGCCUGCACGGAAAAGUCCAAACAAAACAUGCUCCAGCUUAAAAACUAAAAGCAAACACGCAAGACGAUGUUGUGUCAAUAAAGGCAAAGUUUGCAUGGGGUUUUUCUUUGUACCCAUUCCUGCCUUCACUAUUACAACAACAAGUUGUUGCAUAACCCAGAA